CCGAGAGAUCUCCAGAUUCUCCCCCGUCCAUUCCUCGGAGCUAACCACUGAAGGGCCUCACAUCCCCGUCCCCUCUAAUCUCCUCGGCCUCGUGCGUCCCUUCCCCAGAUGCCCUACACGCUAAACAAUGGCUUUUAAUGGGUCCGCUCCUUCACUCCUCCCUCCCAACGACUCCGGAUCCUCAUCCUUAUCCUCCUCACAACUACUCUCGGCUUCAAUGGCGAGCUCGACAUCCUCACGACAUGGCUCCUCCCAGAUCUCAAAGAUCUACCGGCAGUCCUCAACUCUAUUCCUGACGCGUCGAUUGCCGGAGUCGCUCUCUACCAUCCUCCCGGUGAUCACGGCACCGACGACCACAGACUCCAAUGGCAACGUCUCGGUCGUGGACCAGGCCCCAAUUGCCAAAUCCUCACGCACCACCAGGAUCAAGGUCUGGAGUCUCUACCUGACCAUCCUCAACGCCAUCGUCGAGCUCGACGGCGAAGAAGGCAAAGCCGCCUUCGGCACCCAAGAAUGGCGCAACCUCGUCACCAAAGUCCGUGACGGCAUCGUCUGGGAAGAAGUAGUCCAGAACGGCUACCGCGGAGUCGAAGGCGACGUUGACGCCGACGUUGUUAUCAACCUAGCAACCCUCCUCCUCGCCCACGCCCGCACCCAACACCUCAACCAAACGCGCCUGGAAGCCUACCUCGCCGCCGCCCGCACCCCCAACCUCGACCUCACGGGCCGCUUCAGCGAGACCUCCGUCCGGGGCGCCAGUCCCACCCGCAGCGUCGGCACCGACACCCCUCGCGACCUCAACGCGCGCGUCAAGAUCCUAGAGCUGUACACGCUGCACGUCCUCCUGCGGAACGACGAGUGGGCGUACGCGCGGGACUUCAUCUCCGCUUCGGAAGUCCUGGAUGAGGAGCGCCGUGAUGCGUUUUUAGCAGCGCUACAGAGUCUAGAGGAUGAGCGCGAGGAGGCGGCGCAGAGGGAACAGGAGAUGGCGAGGGAGAAGGAGGAGAAGCUGCGAGCUGAUCUCGAAGAAGCGCGGAGGCGGCGGAUUGAGAGCGAAGAGCGCGAGGCGCGCAGGAUAGAGGAGCAGCGCGAGGCGCGGAGGGUGGAAGAGCAGCGCGGGAAUAGGGCGGGAAGUGAAGUGGAUUACGGUGUUGAUUCUUCGCAUCCCGUGCAAUCUAACGGGUCAGCGAGCGGGAAAGCAGCGAAUGGCUCAGCGAGUGGGAAAUCCUCGCCUUCUCGAUCGGCAUCGACGCCGCCGCCGAAGAAGGGGGCUAUUAAAUCGAGGGUCUUGCACUCGACGAAGCCGUCUGGGUCGGGACAGCGAGCGGCGGUGGCGACGCCGCCGAAUAUGAUUCAGCGCGCUACGGCACUGAUGGGGAAUGUGCAGAAGCUUAUCAAGGUGCUCGCGGCAACGCUGCUGAAUAACCCGGGGUCGGUGCUGAGGACUGUGGCGUUUGCGGUGCUGAUCUUGCUUGCGCUGGGGAAUAGGGCGGUGAAGGAGCGGGUUAGGGGGGUGUGGGGGAAGGUGAGGGGGACGAUGGGGAUGGCUACUAAGGUUAGUUAUAUUUAG